AUGUACAAGGACAGUAGGAGUGAGUAUAAACAAUGGAUUCUUCUUGUGCCAAAAAUGAAGGCUGCAGUGCACCCACUGCAAGUCAACAAAGGUUUUAGUCAUGGAGACCAUGGUUUUGGGGGGAUGAAGAACAAGGUGAGUCCGAAGAAAAAGGUGAGUCCAAAGAACAGGGCAUUUAGCUUUCAGUUGUGGAGGAACUUGAGAAGUGAAAAAAGGCCUAGAAAAGUUAAAUCAGGGGUUACCUUCUUUGUUCUGGCAAGGAUUCAAGAAUCCGUUAACUAA